AUGUCAAUAGUUUUGGAUGUUGUGCAGAAGAUAGUUUUGAAUAGCGCCUACGAGCUAACAUGCGCCGCCGCCGCACAAGUCUUGAACAAAUGCAAGAUCAUGGACGUGAUAACAGCUAAAGAUUAUGAAAAUCCAGAAACGAAGGAUAAUAUGAAGAGCGAAGCGAAAAAUAAAAUAGACAUAGAAGUGCCCGACCCGCCCGGAGGCCUAGAUCUCAGCAGCAGAAAGCUAGAAACACGCUGCGUGGUCUCCCAACUUGAUAUGGCCUACAGGAAUAGUGGGCCCAUUUGUCCGCCACAGACGUCCAGUAUGCGAUUGGUGCGGAACAGCUACUUCUCUUAG